UCCCUCAAACUUACAUUUGGAGAUGAUCGCUUUCAGCAGGUUAGUUGUUCUCUCCCGGACAGGGUAGGUAAGCGCUGACAGCAACUAAAUCUAACUGGAGUUUUGGUCGUAUUAACUCGCAUUUUACCGGCUGAGUGUCAUUACAAUGACUUUUUAUUGAAAAGGCUGGACUUCUUAUCAGUAAAGUAUGUUCAGCUUUCGGAUGAACAAUUGACAGACGUAUAGGAGACACUGUACACUGCAUUUAGUCAAUUGCUGUGGAGUAAAAUCUCUGGGACAUGAUCUGAUCAGUAAAGACCGGAUUCAUUCAUUGGAUUUGUUUUCUGUCUGGAAAACUGUCAAGACUGCAGAGAGCACACUGGAAAUGGAGAUGGACAGGCGGAUGAUCUGAAAUGGCCUCCACUAAUGGCUUCAAGAAGGAAUUAAUAUCAUUCUUUCACACCGGUGACCCACACUUACCGCAACUUUGUCAAAACACAUUCAAGCGCCCCUGCAACACAAUUGGACAAAAAGAAACAAAUAAAUGAAAUCAGAGUGGCCUAAGGAAGCUGAGUAAAACCUGGCACUGAUGCUGGCCUCUUUUCCCCUUUAAAGUUCAGUGUUACCAUAGAGGCAGUCUGCCUCAUCACCCUCUGCCUGCUUAUUAUCUAUCAGACUCCAUUUAAUGAGGCAUCAGAAGAAAGGCGCAACCAUGUACUUGCUGCUAGUAUUUGUACUACAGGCCCUGUGGGUGAGUUGGUGUCACGCCACGCAGCAUUACCCGGCCUCAUGGGGGCACUAUGAUGUUUGUAAGUCCCAGGUAUACGCGGAGGACCGCCUGGCCUGGCACUACAUGGCCUGCCAGCCUGAAGCUACUGAUAUGACCAAAUACCUGAGAGUGUCUCUCGACCCCCCCAACAUUACCUGUGGAGACCCACCUGAGAUGUACUGUGCCCUGGAAAACCCAUAUAUGUGUAAUAACGAAUGCGACGCUGAAACCGAGGAGCUGGCCCACCCGCCCGAGCUCAUGUUUGACUCUGAAGGACGAAACCCCACCACAUUCUGGCAGUCGACCUCCUGGAAGAAAUAUCCAAAGCCCCUUCAGGUCAACAUCACACUGUCCUGGAACAAAACAAUAGAACUCACAGAUGACAUUGUCCUUACCUUCGAGUCAGGCCGACCUGAGCAAUUAGUCUUGGAGAAGUCACUGGAUUACGGUCGUACGUGGCAGCCGUAUCAGUUUUAUGCAGCUGACUGUUUGGAUGCCUUUACUAUGGAGCCAAAAGCAGUACAUCAGCUGACCCAAAGCAGUAUGCUAGAAAUCAUCUGCACUGAGGUCUAUUCAACGGGCUAUGUGUGGAAGUACGACAAAACUGUACGUUUUGAGAUCAAAGACCGCUUCGCCCUUCUUGCUGGCCCGAGACUGCACAACAUGGCUUCUCUGUAUGGGCAGCUGGACACCACCAAGAACCUAAGGGAUUUCUUCACCCUCACUGACCUUCGCAUCAGACUUCUACGGCCUGCCACCGGAGCCACAAUGGUGGAUGAGAACAACCUCUCUAGAUACUUCUACGCCAUCUCGGACAUCAAAGUGCAGGGCAGGUGCAAGUGCAAUCUCCAUGCCAACAGCUGUGUUUUUGACAAAGGGAAGCUGGGGUGCGAGUGCGAACACAACACCACGGGGCCGGAUUGUGCACGCUGCAAGAGACACUACCAGGGCCGAGCCUGGAGCAUGGGCUCCUACCUGCCCAUCCCCAAGGGUACUGCCAAUAUCUGUAUCCCAAACAAUCUUGGCACCUCUGUUCGGCCAAAUGCUUCUUCGCUUGGAGCAGCAAACCGAAAUCAAGCUCAAGUGUGUAACAACGUUCUCCUGCGCUGUCAGAAUGGUGGUGUGUGUCACCACCAUCAGCACUGCCAGUGUCCGGCAGGUUUCGGCGGCAUACUGUGCGAGAAGGCCCAAUGCCAGGGUGACUAUUGCGAGGAGCAGCAAUCCAGCCAGCCGGCCCUCCGCCCCCCACCCGUGGGCCCAGACUCUCCCGCUGGCUCUUCUAUCUCUCAUCCCCUCCCUGCUGGCCACCCGGGGCCUUACAUCACUCUGAGGGGAAUGCUUUUGCCCCAAAGACAUUCUCAACAGGGGCUCUAAUCCUGAGUUUCUGAUAGAGGACACAUCAUGGCUAAAAAGAAAUGCUCCCUUGAUGCAGAAGAAAAAACAAAACCACAAGGUUUUCUACUCAGUACUAUGUCAAUUAAAGUUUGCCAGAGAUGAUGGAUAAACUGAAAAAACUAAAGAAACUGCGAGAGAAAAAAAAAAAAAAUGAAACAAGAACAACAACACAAAAUGCUGACACUAAUGACUGUCUUUGUUGAAAAUGUUAGGAUGAAAUCAAAUCAAUUCAAUGUUACACUGCUCUGAAGCCAUCCGUCAGAUUAAGACUUCAUCUCAAACCUCAGAGCGCUGAAACACCGCAAUACAAUUUGUUUGGAGACAAAUCAUUGAUGUGAAGAUGAAUCAAGAUGAACUUGUAGACUGCCACCUAAAUUUACACACACACUACCACGACUGGUUGUCAAACUUCUCACACUUUACCUUUUCCUGACCCUCUCUCUUCUUCCUGUAACUCUGUGAAGUCAUGUAAAAGACCCAUGAUAUAUGUCACACAAGAAAUGAUUCAGUUUUUCAGAAAUGAUCAAAUAUAAUACAGUAACAUGAGCGACAACUGUUGAAAUUUUGUACUGGGGUAUUUUCAUGACAGUGAGAAUUAGAACAAGAAGAAAGACCUUGUCCAACAAUGUGACUUUUUGCACCACUGCGACAACCUGUAGAAUUUGGGUCGGCCUUUUUAUUAUUGCCCUGAUGGAGUUGCAUAUCCCUGUUCAGUUGCUAAUUGUUUUGCUUAAAACAUGCGUUUACAUUCUCACCGACUGUACUGUACAAGAGGUUUCACCAAAGGGCUUUGGUGAGGAAUCCUUUGUUGCUUGAAGCCAACUAUGUUUGUGAAUUAAAGAAGAAAAAUAACUGUUUAUGACCAUUUUAUGAAAGAAAAUAUUCAAGAUAGCAGGUGAUUUCAUUUCAGGGGUUUUCAAAGUUCGCAACUGCUUUAGAGAUCCCACAAAUUGCAGGGAUAUGGAAUUUAACAGCACUCUUCCAAACAGAUGACGAUUGUGAAGAAACGUGUAAUGUUACAAACACAUCCUUGAAUCCGUAGAAACAUUCACCUGCCAAAGUGGGCGAAUUUUGAACUCGGACUACAUAACAUAACCACAACAAAAGGAUGAAAGACAUGUAAGCCCAUUGUUCUCCCUCGUCAGUUUUCUGAAAUCAGAAUUUAAAGGUGGGGUAAGUAGAUUUUCAAAAACGCUGUUGGACAUUGUUGAUAUCUGAAAUCAACCCAAACAAACCCACCCCUCUCUUCAUUGCUCCGCCUCCAAAACUCACCCUUCAAUCCUAACCACUCGCACAGAUGAUGAACGAACGACAAGGAAGCACAAAAAAUGAACGUACAGUACACAAGAGUAAAUACAAACAAGAGUUUGUUGUUAGUCGCCAACAGCACAGCAGCUCCAGACAAUCAAUGACACGCAAAACAUUAUAAAAACAUUUAUAAUGUUACAACAGGUUUCUAUUUCAAAUAAAUGCUGGUCUUUUGAACUUUAUAUUAAUCAAAGUAUCCUGGAAAAAAUGCAUUACAGUUUUCACAAACAAUAUUAAGCAGCACAACUGUUUUCAUCAUUAACAAUAAUAAUAAGAAAUGUUUCUUGAGCAGCAAAUUAGCAUACCAGAAUGAUUUGUGAAGGAUCAUGUGACACUUAAGACUGGAGUAAUGAUGAUGAAAAUUCAGCUUUGCAUCACAAGAAUAAAUUACUUUUAACAUAUUUUAAAUCACAGCGAUUUUA